CGUCGCGAUGUCGGAUUAUGACUUCCGCCCGGGCGGGUCGCUCAAACUCAAGGGUGGCGUUGCCGAGGGCGGUGUUGUCAAGAAGAAGAAAAAGUCCUCGAAAUCCAAGUCUAAGGUUGACCAGGAGCGGGAGUUAGAGCGACUUCGGGAGGCGCGUCUCAAAGAGGAAGUGGUGAAGAGCAGCUCUCCAGCUGCUGGAAGCAGCCGGAAUUCUCCUGCUAUUGGGGGGAGUAGCGACCGGAAAACGGAGGCCGAGAGGAGGUUUGAGGAGACACAGAAGCGGAGGAUGGCAGAGAAGGUUGCUCGUCUGGCUAACAAGACGCACAAGGAUCGUGUCAGUGAGUUCAAUUCCAAGUUGGAGGCUCUCAGCGAGCACCAUGACAUCCCCAAGGUCGGUCCUGGAUAAGGCAUGCUUAUUUCAAUGUCGCCUGGUCGCCUUGCCUGGCUAGGCGCACCAGGUCCUCCCGCGUGCGCUCCAUGGACAUUGUCGUGCAGAUCGUCGGUUUGUGCUGGGUUUUGCAUGCGUCUCUUGUAUUCCGGUGUACACUAGCAACGUGCCUUGGCCCUUAUAUCUCGUAAUAUAUAUAUGGUAAAGGAC